GUUCAGCUCAGAUGGUGGUGAGGCUUUAACAGUUGCAAGAUUGUUGCGUGCGUGAGUUCAUUUGAGCAAAAUGCACAGAAUACAUAGAGCUACUGCCUGGCCCGCAGACCCGUUUUCUCCUGGCUGUUUUUAUAUUUUGUAGCAAACAUUUUGGACAACUCUUCUUGAUCUCAGUUUUACCUUCUGCAGCAACUUUUUUGGCUCACCAUGAUGUCAAAUGAAAAGGAUGCAGAGAGAUGUGAGAGUAAUGUGAGUGGUGAAGUGUACAGAAACCCCACUGAAGUAAAGAUGAGCCAGAUUGUCCUGCCUUGCCACGCAAACCACCGUGGGGAGCUCAGUGUGGGGCAGCUGCUCAAGUGGAUGGACUCCACUGCCUGUCUGUCAGCCGAAAGACAUGCUGGUUGUUCCUGUAUCACUGCCUCUGUGGAUGACAUCCAUUUUGAACACACCAUUGGUGUUGGAAAAGUUGUCAAUAUUAUUGCAAAAGUCAACAGAGCCUUCACAUCUAGUAUGGAGGUUGGAAUACUUGUCACUUGUGAAGACCUUUACACAGGCAGACAGUGGAAGGUGUGCCAUGCCUUUGCCACUUUUGUCGCCAGGCGAACUGAGGCCGGGAAGGUCCAGCUGAAGCAGGUGAACCCGCACACACAAUCGGAACAGAUGGAGUACAGCCUGGCAGCCGAGCGCCGGAGGAUGAGGCUCAUACACGCUGAGAUCAUUACAGACCUACUGAGCAGCAGCACUUCUCAGCUGGGGGAGUGCCAGCAGUAUGAGGGUGCUGUGCCAGCAGAAAAGACUCGAGUGGAGAGUGUGGAGCUGGUGCUACCUCCUCAUGCAAACCAUCAGGUUAGCACUUUCGGGGGCCAGAUCAUGGCCUGGAUGGAGAAUGUGGCCACCAUUUCAGCAUGCCGCUUAUGUAAUGCUCACCCCACUCUCAGGACCAUUGAUAUGUUUCAUUUCCGAGGCCCAUCACACAUUGGGGAUCGAUUGGUGCUAAAAGCCAUUGUAAAUAAUGCCUUUAAGCACAGCAUGGAGGUGGGAGUAUGUGCAGAGGCCUACCAGGGCGGAGAGCCUUUGCGUCAUAUAAACAGUGCUUUUAUGACAUUUGAAGUGUUAGACAGUGACCGGAAACCACAAACUCUUCCACGUAUAUGUCCUGAACCUGUGGAUGGGAUAAGACGCUAUAAAGAAGCCAUUGCUAGAAAGAAGAUUCGGCUUGACAGGAAAUACAUAAUCUCCUGUAAACAAAAUGAAGUUCCUGUAUCCGUCCCAUGGGAUCCAAGUAACCAGAUGUACCUGAGCUACAAUAAUGUAUCAGCGCUGAAACUAAUGGAUGCCAGAAACAGCUGGGUUUUAACUUCUGAGAAAAACAAGGUCAGGUUGUACACACGGGAGGAAAACCAGAGGCUACUCUUCAAGGUGGAGAUGCAUGUGUGUGUUCCAGCAGAGCAAACAUUUCAUCUAUUGUCUGACCUAACCAAGAGAAAACAGUGGGACCAACACUACGAAGAGUGUGAGGUGAUAAUGCAGGCAGAUGAGGAUGACACCAUAUAUCGUGUAACUACCCCGUCAGUCAGUAAACGAGACAAAGGCGCGGAGUUCAUACUGCUGGCAUCUCGGAGGAAGCCUUGUGAUGCCAGGUGCUCAAUCAUACUUAGACAUCCGAAACACAAAAUGGAUCCUUAUUUGAUUGCAUUGCGUUCUGUCACUUUGCCCACUCACCCUCCCACUGAGGAGUACACCAGAGGAGAGGUGCUCUGUGCUGGCUUUACCAUAUUGGAAGAGUGCAGUUCUGUCUCCAAGAUCACAUACUACAACCAGGCCACACCAGGAAUCCUACCCUACAUUUCCACAGACAUUGCUGGACUUUCCUCCAGUUUUUACAGUGCAUUUGCUGCUUGUAGCCUCUUUCUGGAGGCCAACAAGCACAGUCAGACAGCUUAAACUUUCUCUAGACAGCAAUGUGAAUUCUGCCUCUCCUCUGAACUGUCCAAAAAAGUAAUAUAGUAAGCAGAAUGAAGCAAUAGAGAGUCUUCCAAAGCUCUUUCACAUUAUUUAAUCAUAUUAGUUUUUUGCAAGAAUAACUUAUGCAAUACAAAUUUAUAUAAUAUUUAAUAUAUUCUGUAUGUAUUUAUGAUCAGUUCUGGUUUGAAAGUUAGGCCGUCACUGCUUGUUGUAAAAAUAUAAUGUUGUUCUUUAGCUAUAUGUUAUAAACCUCACAGAGAGGUAGAAAUCAGUAACAAAGUAUUUUCUAUAUUUAAAUGUCGCUUACGUCAUUGCAUUUCUUCUACAGUGCACUCCAAAUCAGUUCUCUUCAAGCUGUCUUAAAUGAACAAUAAACACAAUAGGCCAGUGGAUUAUCCUCACUUGAGCUGUUGUCUCAGUAUUAGACCCUCCCCUCAGCAUUCUUGCCAUUCCUUAACCAUUUUUUAGAAAAGAAAAUGCAGCUGAAGGGUACAUUUUGCAGAUUUUAAUAAUGUUGUGACAGGUGCAGACCCUUGGAGCGAUAAAAUGUCUGUGUCUGUAAGUGUCUCAAUGAAAGUGGCUUUGAAUGCAUCUGCAAGAAAGAAUGUAAAGUCUUUCUGUG